GGGAUGCUCAAAGCCCCAUUGUGAGUGAGAUUCUUCCUGCACUUCCAGGCUCCUCCUCCCUCUGCACCCUUUUAAUAGAUCCCUAAGUGGGCUCGCACCACUCUGCCAGGCUCACCCUGCACUUUCACCAUGGCUUUCAUUGCCAAGUCCUUCUACGACCUGCAGGCUGUCAGCUUGGAUGGGGAGAAAGUAGAUUUCAAUACAUUCAGAGGCAGAGCGGUGCUGAUUGAAAAUGUAGCAUCGCUCUGAGGCACAACCACUCGGGACUUCACCCAGCUCAACGAGCUGCAAUGCCGCUAUCCCAGGCGCCUGGUGGUUCUUGGCUUUCCUUGCAACCAAUUUGGACAUCAGGAGAACUGUCAGAAUGAGGAGAUCCUGAACAGUCUCAAGUACGUCCGCCCUGGGGGUGGAUUCCAGCCCACCUUCACCCUUGUCCAAAAGUGUGAGGUGAACGGUCAGAACGAGCAUCCUGUCUUCGCCUACCUGAAGGACAAGCUCCCCUACCCUUACGAUGACCCAUUUUCUCUCAUGACGGAUCCCAAGUACAUCAUCUGGAGCCCAGUGCGCCGCUGCGAUGUGUCCUGGAACUUCGAGAAGUUCCUUAUUGGGCCGGAGGGGGAGCCCUUCCGCCGCUACAGCCGCACCUUCCCCACCAUCAACAUUGAGCCCGACAUCAAGCGCCUCCUCAAAGUUGCCAUAUAGACGCGAGCCGGUCAGCACACAGGCGUCCUCCUCCAUCCAGACCCUGUGUAUCUGUCCUUAGGACCCAGUGCGCCCUCGGGAGACACUGCUGGCCCUCCGCUUUCCCUUGAGAUCAGUCUCCUUCACCGAAGGGCCUUGCCUUUCCUGUCUGCCUGUCUCCCUUUUCUCUCCCAGCCUCCAGGACUUGGGUGGGCUCUGGACCUUCACAGAAUGAUGGCACCUUCCUAAACCUGUGUGGGCGGUGUCUGAGACUCGUGAAGGGCCCCCAGCCAGCCUCCUAGCUGAGUCCAAUAAAGGGCAGGUGUGGAAAUGGC